AAAGAAUUUUGUUCAAAACAUUAAGCGUGCGGUGAAAUUUAAGUUUGCAAAUAGCAUACAAUACAUAAAUUGUAUAUAAAUUUCCAAUGAGUGAAACCCAGCGCAACGAAGCUCGUGAGUUUAUUCGGGGCACGAGCAGGACCCGGAGCAGUGAUGGUGCCUCCAGCAGGGAAUCCUUCAACGAUGAGCUCGAGGGUUUGAUGGCCAUCGGGCACAGGAAUGAUGAGAAACUGGCCAUGGAUCGCUUUCUGGCCAUCAGGCUGGAGCGGGAUAGUUUGCCAGAGGACACGCCGCUGCCCAUAUACUUGAAGUACCGCGAACCCAGGAAACCGAGUCCUCCAAGUGUUUGGGAUACAGAGGAACCAAAACAUGAGAACUAAAAAUAUUGUUGUAUAACUUAGAUAUUUAGUUAGCAAAGUCGAUACAUGUGUCCGUUCUUCAAUUUCAGAGUCUCGCAUAUUAGUCAGCCUGCCAGGAGCAGCAGCAACGGCAACAGCAGCAGCAACAUAAAGCGCAGCUCCCAUGACUCAUUUCGCCUGAUGCGCGCGACAUUCAGAGACAGACAGGGGGUAAAGCGGAAAAACACAACGGCCACGAACCCAAACACUCACUUGACUUGAAAAUCUGCAGAGGAAUAACUGACAGUGUACACAAGCAGCACUAAUUGCUGUAAAAUUGCCAACAGUCCGCUGAGGGAAGGGGCUUCGGGCAGACAUAGAACAACAGGAGAACACAAAAAUCACAGAGGCAAAACAACUGGCCGUGUGUUCAAAAAAAAUCUUAACGGAAUGAAUGCAACAAGCGAACGAAUGUGCAACGAAACAAGCAGCAGCAGCAGCAGCAACAGCAGCAACAUGAAGCCGCAACAGCAACACAAGCUGCAAACAACUCAAUUAACACAAACAACCAGCCGGAGAAUCGCGCAAAAGCUGCCUUUGCCGUUGGGCUUUGCCCAGCCGACCACGCCCCCAGCCUCCAUGGCCGCCCUUUUCGCCUGACCAAAACCCCUUUGGGCCUCAUUUUCUGGACACUUUUUUGACUUCUUCCCGACGGUCCCUCGGCAAUGUAAAUGCAAAAACAUUAUUUUAAAUUGAAAGCAGAGCCAAAAACAAUCUUAAAUAAAUAUAGUUUAGCUUCAUCUAUAACCAUA